UUUUUUAAUUAACCGCUGUUUGCUGGUUAAGUCACGUUUGACAAAUUCUUUUUUUUUUGUGUACAAGUUACCCCUCCUUCCCUCUCUUUAGUUCCAAGCCAUGCUCCCUGUACCUGGCCAAGUUAUUGUUCAUGACUAUCGGCCCGAAGAGAAGCCUGUUGUCACGGAGUCUUUAAGAGUAUUACAAUGGAAUGUCGAACGAAACUAUGAAUCGGAAGCUAUUAUAAAAGCGAUCCAGGACUUGGAUCCUGAUGUCAUUCUGCUUCAGGAAGUAGAUGUGUUCUGCAAACGAUCAGGUAACCGUGAUCAUAUGCAAGAAUUAUGCAAGUCCUUAAGGCUAUUGGGUGGAUUUUUGUGUGAAUUUGAGGAGCUUGACAGUCCUAUCCGAAGAUUAAGAGAUCAAGGCGGAGGUGUUCAUGGCAAUGCAAUCCUAUCCAAACACGAUAUUGAUUUUCGAGUGCUCAAACAUAGAAAGAAUGCGUAUGAUUGGAACAAGAAUGGCACGAAAUUGAGAGAGCCAAGAAAUGGGCAGUAAUGUAUUACGUAUGUUUAGUGAAUCUUUAGCUCAUUUUGACUCUUUAGACGUUACACUUUGGUUGGUACCGUAAAAGCAUCUCAGUUACCCCCUAUUGUCUGCUACUGUGUGCACUUAGAGGUCUUUACAGGGAUUAUUAAU